CUUGGAGGUUCCUACACAUUUCAAGCAAGUUGUAAAGAGGCGCCCUCCUGGUAAUUAUGGGUCACUUAGGGUGCAGGGCAAUGAAAGAAGCUUCGUCAAGAAAUCCACCGAUACUCAGCUUUACCUCAUAGCUCUCAUGACAGAUAAAUUCACUCGAAACAUCAUCUUGAUCGGCGAGAAGGAGGUGGUCAAGUCGUUCAUCGGUGUGGUCUCACGAACACGGCCCUUGGAGACGCAGGUUGAUCAUGUGUCGAAGGCAAUGUGCCACGUCAUUGAAAUGGGGUCUAGCACCCAAGUCGUGCUGUGGGAGACCACCAACCAGAGAAUAGGUGCAGCGGCGAAGCGUGUGCCGCAGGACAUGCGCGCACUGCGACAUUUGCAGUCUUCUUGUGGCGUCGAUCUCAUCCUGUUCUGCGUCAAGGCCAGAAUGAGUCAGUCCGAAGAUUUCGUCCGUUGCUACGAUGAAGUGUACGCGAAAGAAUGUCAAAGGAAAGUUCCCGUCGCUCUCGUCGCCACUGGACUGGAAUGGGUCGGAGGGAACAUGCAUGGCUGGUGGGAGAAGAACAAGGACAAUAUGUUCCAUCUCGGGCUCGCAUUCGAUGUACACGCAUGCAUUACUACCUUGCAUUACCAUGACAAUCCCUGCAUUCAAGAACAAAUCAGUAUCUCCCAAACGAGGGUCGAGGCACUCCUCCGAAUACGAGAUUACACCCAACAACUAUGCCAUGACCCUAUUUGCUCUGACGAAAGUUUAGAAAAUGCCGGAGGGAUCCCGUGUGGCCCAGAGAUGAACAGUUUAAUAUAUGAAGGUCCGCAAAUUCUCUACGAUUAUCCUCGUACAACACCGAACAGCAUAACAGGGUCCUUGCAGACACGCACCGUUGUCAUAGUUGGCGCAACCGGCGUUGGGAAAUCAUCCGUUAUCAAUGCAAUUGCUGGUGAAAAGCGAGCGCAGAUAUCUUCAGACACCGAUGCGUGCACCCGGGAAUGCAAAGCUUUCUUGGUGGAACUGAAACCCGGCGUUAUCUCUGAAGUUUGGGACACUUUUGGCUGGGAGGGAUCACUUAUCGAAAAGGUAACCGGGCAUGUCCAAAGACUAGUCAACACACGAGGUGUCGACCUCCUUUUAUUCUGCGUCCGUGCAGGAGAUACGGCAAAAAGUCAUGUAGACAAAUUCAAACGCAACAUCCAACCGAUAUGUGGGAAACGGAUACCAGUCGCACUUGUCGUCACCGGUUUGGAAGGCGAAAGCGACAUGGAUUCGUGGUGGACAAAUAACAAGGAUGCCUCCGUGUUCCAUGAGCUGGUCGUGGAUGCCCAUGCAUGCGUGACUACAAGCGCGAAAAGUGCUGACCCCAUUUAUCAGCAACGGAUACAGAGUUCUCGCCGCAGGCUUCGUGAGCUGGUUCAACGUCCAAUUCCCUCAUCAAUCUCGUUGUACGAACUCACUCGUAAGUGUGCAGUAAUAUUCCUCCUUGGGAGCACUGGGUGUUGCAAAAGCCUAUUCAUCAGCACGUUGACCGGAAUACCAGAAGAUGAAGCAGGAGUUGGACAUGACUUAAAAUCACGCACCGAUCGCUUUAGGGCUUUCAAGUUCCCUGAUGGUAACAAGUCUUUUAAUAAUGGCAUUCCUGUUGUCCUUAUCGACACACCCGGCUUUAACAACUCCGAUAAGAAGCUGUCCGACGAGAGUAUAUGCAAGUCCAUGUCUGUUUGGCUUCUUGAGAUGUACAAACGAGACAUCAUCGUCGCUGGGAUCCUGUAUUUGCACCAUCCAUCCGGCGACCCAAAAACAGCGCAUCUCCGUCCGUUUGUGGAGGUUUAUGGGGAAUCUGUAUAUUCUAGGGUUGUUCUUGUUGCGACGAUACGUGAAGACGACAUCGAUCAGCAAAAUGAAUCGCAAAAUCCUCGAGCUGGCGAUCUUGAUCAACUGGUCAGCAAAGGGGCGAAGAGAUUCUUUUAUAAGAACACGCCAGAGUCUGCUCAGGAAUUGUGUCAGAAAAUUACCGACAACAUAGGUGUUGCUCGGGUAGCGCACCUUAAAACAGUUGUCUCUGAGCUAGGCAAAGGGCCGCCGAACGCUUCCGGGGAUCGGAGUGCUGACGAUGAGGACUUGGAUUCCUUGAAAGGACUAAUAGACAAAUACCUCGAGCUGCUUACACGUAUUCGGGAGGAAUCAGCAGACGGAAAAGUACCGGAGGAACUCCUUGAAGAAUGCAAAUUCCUGAGGCGCCAAAUAGAAGCUAUCCUGACCCAGAUGGGACAAGGGCUGUCUCCACCGGUAGAACGCGUCAGGCGCUGUCUUCGUACCCACUGGUGAUGAUGAGCGGGUUUCAGUACCUUCGUGUUUAUAUGUUCUGAGAGUGUGGACCAGAAGUACCGUUAGUCGAAUUCCAUUUGUAGCUAGCCAAACUUUAAGAGCCCCUCUUGCGGAGGACUUUAUGAGAUAUG